UCAGUACUUACAUAUAUUAUAUCCAAUUAAGUCAUAAAAACAAACCUCAAACCUGAAAAGGGCGUGUAAUCGAUAGCCGAGCACAAGCGACAGUCAGCAAUCUGAAAAGCUUCUGGAACUCUCCACCGUCGUUUAUCGGUUGUGUCGCAGUCCAGCGAGCUAGCAGUCCUGAGUCCAGGCGGAGCGAACGGCGGCUAGCUGUUAGCGGCUAAUCAAGCUAGACCCGUAGCUAAGCUACUAUAGCAGGAACUCAAGCGGUAUCUGACGCUAGCGGCUAAGCUAGCGGCUAAGCUAAGGCGGGGCACCUGGCAAGCCGCUCGCCAUGUUCGGCUGCUUGGUGGCCGGCCGCCUGGUGCAGACCGAUGCGGUCCAGGUGGCCCCUGACAAAUUCGUCUUCACCCUCUCGGAAUACGAGAGCGUCAACCACGUGGUGGUGUUCAUGCUGGGCACCGUGCCGUUCCCCGCCGGCAUGGGCGGCGCGGUCUACUUCUCCUUCCCGGACCCGGAGAGCGGCGGGCCGGUGUGGCAGCUGCUCGGCUUCAUCGCCAACGACAAGCCGAGCGCCAUCUUCAAGAUCUCGGGCUUGAGGGCGGGCCAGGCCGGGGGGGCGCACCCGUUCGGCACCGUGGCCUCGGCCGCUCCGUCCGUGGCGCAGGUCGGCGUGUCGGUGGAGCCGCUGGAGCAGCUGGCCCAGCAGACGCCGGUGUCGGGGGCGGCGGCGUCCACCGCGGACACGCUGCGGCUGUUCACGCAGAAGAUGUUGGACAGUUUGUACAACUUCGCGUCGUCGUUCGCCGUGACGCAGGCGCAGAUGACGCCCAACCCCAGCGAGACCUUCGUGCCGUCCCGCUGCAUCGUCAAGUGGUACGACAACUUCCAGAGGCGCAUGAACCAGAACCCCAACUUUUGGAAGAACUCAACUUGAAGACAUCACCAGCAAAAUCGCUUGACGUAUUUUCACACCCAAUGUAUUCGACCUAAUGUGCCAAAAGGAGACGGACGGACGAGUUCGCCGAGAGUUCGACUCUCUACGUGUGUCAAAUCCAAAGUCAAUGCUGAAUCAUGGAAUUUAUUUUCCAAAUAUAUUUGGGCCCAAGCACACUGUGCGAACGCCCUCUUGAACUUCCUUUGUUGUUGUUUUUUCCCUCAGGCUAAAUAAAUCCAUUUUGAUAGCUUGCCCCUUUCUCACUAAAUUGACCCUUUUUCUCAUUCAUCCUAACUCUUAAGUAUGCUCAAUUUAUUUGGAGAAAUUCAGCCCGAGAAGCCAGCCUGACUUGAGUUGACUGACAAAAAAGUCUCAAGAAUCCAUCCCCGAAAAGACCCUGGAAGUCUGAAGGGGCCAUUUUCAGAUUGCCAGGGUUUCUUCAAAAGCAAACUUGUCCCUUUUGUCCCGAUUGCUAGCAGACUUGUACAGUGGCACGAAGCAAAAGCUGCGCCGCAUUGCUGGAGUUGGCGGCCAUUUGGGGCUGGCAGUGACCACGGCGGUGUCGGCGCCGAGAGCGUCCGACGGGAAGACGUUUGGUUGGCGUGGGGGCGCACGUCUAUAACGCUCAAAAAAGGCGCAUGCGCACACACAAAGCCUGAUAAAAUAAGUUAUCCACAGCGCACAAGUCGGAGCCAACAUUGAAACGGGUAUACAGUAAACCCCCGCUAUAUUGCGAAUCAUGCUUUAUGGUCCUGCUAUUUUGAGGUUUUUUUGUUAAAUUCAUAUUCUUCUUUUCCUAUCUCCUGCAUCCUCCUCUCCAACACCAACUGCCCUCAUGUCUUCCCUCACGACAUCCAUCGACCUUCUCUUUGGUCUUCCUCUCGCUCUCUUGCCUGGCAGCUCCAUCCUCAUCACCCUCUUACCAAUAUACUCACUAUCUCUCGUCUGGGCGUGUCCAAACCAUCCAAGUCUGCUCUCUCUAACUUUGUCUCCAAAACAUCGAACCUCGGCCGUCCCUCCGACGAGCUCAUUUCUAAUUUUAUCCAACCCGGUCACUCCGAGAGCGAACCUCAACAUCUUCAUUUCCGCCACCUCCAGCUCUGCUUCCUGUCGUCUCUUCGGCGCCACCGUCUCUAAUGCGUCCAUCGUGGCCGGCCUCACCGCUGUUUUAUGAACUUUGCCCUUCAUCCUAGCAGGGACUCUUCUGUCACAUAACACACCUGACACCUUCCUCCACCCGUUCCAACCUGCUUGGACCCGUUUCUUCACUUCCUAACCACACUCACCAUUGCCCUGGACGGUUGACCCCAACUAUUUUCAUCUCUCUCAUUGAUGCACAUAUAUUCUGUUUUACUUCGGCUAAUCUUCAUUCCUCUGCUUUCCAGGGCAUGCCUCCAUCUUUCUAACUGUUCCUCCACCUGCAGAUCACAAUGUCAUCUGCAAACAUCACGGUCCACGGGGAUUCCAGUCUAACCUCACCUGUCAGCCUAUCCGUCACCACUGCAAACAAACAGGAAGGGGCUCAGGGCUGAUCCCUGAUGCAGUCCCACCUCCACCUUCAAUUCGUCCGUCACAUCUACAGCACACCUCGCCGCUGUUCUGCUGCCCUCGUCCAUGUCCUGUAUUCAAAGGCAAAGACACAAUGUGGCUCCUUCUGACCUUCUCUGUACUUUUCCAUCAACAUUUUUUUAAAUUAUUAUUGCGCACUACUUUUUUUUUUAACCAGUUACCAAUUGAUAGUACAGGUAGUCUCUCUGGGAUGCAAACACUUUAUUUUUUGGCACUGCAUGUGUUAUUAUGAUAUUUUUGCUUUUUUUUUUUUUAAUCUAUC